AAGCGCCACUCUUCUCUCUCUCUCUUCAAUGGCACAUCAGAAGAAACUUACAGAGUGCGAGCUUCGAAGGUUUGAGAACAUCAAACGCAACGAUGAAAUGUUCGCUUCUCUUAAGAUCCAUUCCAAAAUUAACGACCUCUCUGCUUCAACUAAGCGCCAAAGAGCUCAAAUCAAGUCUUACAAAAAUGGCCCGGAGAAGAAAUCAAAAAUCGAAACCCCAAUUUUCAUUCGGCGUUCGCUACGGACCAAAAGAAUGCCACCUGAUGCCACCAAUAUGCACGAUUUUGAUGAAACCUUAACUAAGACCCCCAAAUCAAACCCUAAUGCUAUGUUUGGUUGGGAGAUUUGGAGAGGAAUUUGGAAAGAAAAAUAGAAAAUGUAGGUGAAAUGUGAAUAAAACAUGUCUAUAUUUCACCUAAUUUCACAUCUCUUUUCCCUUUCUCUUUCCAAAUCCCUCCUCAAAUCCCCAACCAAUCACAGCAUAAAUGUGAGUCCUCAGGUCCUAUUACCAUCGGUGAUGCGUAUUGCAGUUACGCCUCUCACCAACAAAAAUUCACUGAAAAAAUCAUGGGCGUUUUGAAAAAACCCCAAUUGUGUUGUGGUCAUGACUCAAGGAAGGAAAUUGAAGGGGGUUCCUGCAAUUCGAUGGCUCGUGUGAAUGAAAAUGUCAAUUUUGGCUACCCAAUUCGGGUUCGGGGUUGUGUUGAUUUGGAAUCAAUGGGGUUGGAACCAGAAAAUAUAGCUAGGUUUGUACCAAGGAGAAUACUAGUGUUGAGGUUCUUUCCGUCUACGGAUAUGAAAUUGAUUGCUGUGGGAAACAAGUUUGGGAAUGUUGGAUUUUGGGAUUUUGAUGCUGAAAAUGAGGAUGGAGAUGGGAUUUAUCUAUGCUGCCCUCAUCCACGGCUGGUUUCGGGGAUUGUAAUUCAACCAUUUUCCAUUUCAAAAGUUUAUACUAGCUGCUAUGAUGGAUUUAUCCGAUUGAUGGAUGUCGAGAAGGAAAUAUUUGAUCUGGUUUAUUUCAGCGAUCAUGCUAUAUUUUCUAUUUCUCAACGAACAAAUGAUGCAAAGUCCUUGUAUUUUAGCAAAGGUCAUGGAGUUCUCAAUAUUUGGGAUGAGAGGGCAGGAAAAUCUUCAGCUUCGUGGAUUUUGCAUGAAGAUAGAAUCAACACUAUAGAUUUCAAUUCGGAAAACACUGACAUCAUGGCAACGAGCUCCACUGAUGGAACUGCUUGCAUUUGGGAUUUGAGAAAUAUUGAUGCAGAUAAGCCGAAAUGUUUGAAGACUUUUAACCAUAAAAGGGCUGUGCAUUCUGCUUACUUUUCACCAUCUGGAAGCUAUCUAGCCACAACAAGUAUUGAUGACAAUGUUGGCUUACUGACUGGAUCUAAUUUUGAAGACAUAACUAUGAUCAACCAUAAUAAUAAGACAGGUAGAUGGAUUUCUUCAUUCAGAGCAGUAUGGGGUUGGGAUGAUUCAUAUCUCUUCAUUGGUAAUAUGAAAAGAGGAGUUGAUGUUAUCUCCACGGCUAGGAGAGUACGUGUUGCGACUUUACAGAGCCCAAAUUUGUCUGCAAUUCCAUGCCGCUUUGAUACACACCCUUACCAGAUUGGGAUGCUUGCAGGAUCCAUAAGUGGAGGCCAGGUUUACACAUGGACAACAACUUGAGCUUCUCUUUUUCAACCACCAUUGUUAUCCUUUAACUUAAAAUUGACUUCUUGAUGAACAAUCAAUUCAGUUUGUAUGUAUGCUACUUCAUUUGGUAAGUUUUAAAUAUAUUUAUGGUUUUGCCUCCAA